AUGACGCCCCGUGGCGUACCCAGCGUUUGUUGCACCGUCUUGUGGGGGCCCAUCGCAAAUGAAAACUCAAUGUGGAUGGGUCUGAUUAGGCCCACUUGGCAGCAACUACCUCUGCUCUGGGCACUGCUGGCGGUGCUGCCUGCAACGCGAGCAGUGCUUUCGCCUUCUCAUCGCUAUGACGAUGAAAACAGUUCGUUGCAACUGAGUCUCGAGGAUCUGGAACGGGAGCAGGAGCAGCAACAAUACCAGCAUUUGGAUGUGAAUCGUCCGCCACUGCUGCCCACACAUUAUGACUGGCAUCCAAGCGUGGCUGCCAGCGUCCCACCCAGCUACGUUCGUGAUGCCGCCCAGUUGGAGCAAGCGGAACGACUGCGUCAAUUGCAUCUGCAACAUCAGCAGCUCAGUGCUGGUUACGCGCUGCCCGCUCACCUGCCUGGUGGUCUACUACUACUGGGCGGUCCCAACGUCUCUCCCACGUCAGCGACAACAACAACAACAGCGGCAACAACAACAAAGUCUGGAACGCGACUUCUUCAACCCAUUGUGCCCUUUGAUCUGGACCUGCAGCUGCAAUUGAAUGGCGUGCAUUAUCUGAAUGGCAAUUCCCUGACUGGUGUCUCGCCAUCGGUGGUGCCACGCCCUCUACCCAGGCCUGGGCCACGCCCACUACGACCACCAUACACCUUUAUUCAGCAUCCACCGUUGCGAUCCACACACAGUGCACAUCCCAGCCUUUUUCUACAACAAUCCAAACAGUUUGCCUAUGCGCCACUUCCACAACGCAACUAUGCGUCAGCUCCCCGCAUCCCGCUGCCCUAUCCACCCAGCUUUAUCAGCAUUACGACUAGAAGACCGGGAUCUGGUUACGCUGCCAGCUAUUCGAAACCCUUCAGACCUUCACAGCCAGACCUUACGCCAGAUCUCUUCGCAGGCCGAGAAUCCAAAUCCUUGCUAGACUCGUAUAUUCCCAGCUGGGAAGUGCUGCGUCUCCUUCAGCAGCAUCAACAAUCUCGUCCAUUGCAGCGUCAUACCUUGGCCUACUCCGUACCCAAUCUGAGACUGUUCAAACGCGACUCUUCCAAAGAACGAUUGGAAAGAACGGCCGAACGGAGUCGAAUCGUGAAGAAAUCCCUGCCCUUGGAUGAAACGGCCAAAUUGGCCUAA